AUGGCCUCGAAUCUUGACUUCUCACCAGAGGGUCUGCUGGACCUCAACUUCGACCAACGAGACUCGCGAUAUCCCUUCGCUACGACGAUGGCGUCUCGCUCGACCUGGCCAAUGCCUCUAGAUAUGGCCUCAGGAGCUCCCGACGAGAGGCGUGAAAACUCGCCCGGCCAGAGUACACAUCAGCCAUAUCCUCAGGCUGCUCAUAACAACUCCCCAACCCUCCUCUCAGACUGGCCGAUGCAUCAACAACCUCAACAACAACUGGGACAGUAUAUCCAAGAUAACUCCUUGGUCGGUACCCAAUUCAACCCCUUCGGUGGCGCCUUCCAGACUUCGCAGCUCGACUAUCACCUGCCCUCAACCCAAGCAGCCUACGAAGCCGGACUUCAGAUGGAGGCGCCUUUCAAUGGACUAGCCCAGAGCGUAGAGCAGCAGGCGGCGAUGUGGGCAAACUGGCAGGAGCUGGAGAACGCCAUGUACUCCGCGAGUCCCAGCGAUGGGUUACCGAAUAUGGGACCUCAGAGUCUCGGUAGCAAUUCGCCUACGGGCACGUAUCUAGAAGUUUUAUCACUCCCAAGUUCAAGUAGCGAUAAUGGAUGGGCUGCGGUCGACACGUUCCCCAAUUUUGAGGCCUACCAGCAAGCCCAAAACGCAGCAAUCUUCAAUCCAGGACAGACGCUUCACCUACGAACCCACUCAGACUCGUCGCAAUCAGACGGUACAGGCCAUACAAUGGAAACCUUCGGAAGCUUUGAAGACAUAUCAUACCCCCCGUAUUCUCCUUACUCACCCGGAUCUGACAACUACCUGGACCCCAAUAGCCACCGAAACUGUGUUACCGCCGAACCUCAUACGCAUUCCCAUGAGACCGUUAGCCCCGCUGCCGCUGUCGCACCUGUGCCCAUCAAAAUGUCGCCCUCUAAUAGAACCACACCAUCCUCGACAUCGUCACCACCCGCCGCCAGACGAAAUUCCGGGCCUCGAAAGAGCCCAACCGCUAAAUCAACAAAGGCUGUCAUCCGUCGAACGUCGAAUGGCAAGAAAGACUGCGAGAAGCGUGUUGGUCGACGACGCGGGCCAUUACUGCCCGAGCAACGGAAGCAAGCCGGCGAGAUCAGGAAGCUUCGAGCCUGCUUGCGAUGCAAGUUCCUUAAGAAGACCUGUGACAAGGGCGAGCCGUGUGCUGGCUGCCAGCCGUCUCAUGCUAGACUGUGGCAGGUACCAUGUACCAGGAUCGACAUCAAGGAUAUCGGAUAUUUCAUGAAGGACUGGCGAGCGGACUACGAGCGCCACGCCGGUCGUGGCGUAUCGGUUUACAACAUUAAGGGCUUCUCCCAAAAGGAAGAGUUACUAUGGAUCACGCAUGGAUACGGCUUCGCUAUUCCCAUCAAGGCACGUGAGGUUUACGUCAGUGACGACAGCUGCUUUCAAGUCGACUGGGUCGAGUCAGAACAUGAUGGUACUUUAGAGUUCGAUACUCGAACAGAAAGGAUGUCCGCUGGCUCUGAGGGUGUUUCAACCGAGGCGCUCUCCGAGUACCUCGACAAGCAUCUUGAUGGACCUUUUGAAGACUUCGUCGACGAAUAUUUCGAGGGAACUCCAUUCAUCACCGAGAUAUUGAAAACUGCUCAUCGUUACUAUGCGAAGGAGAAGGUACCGGUCAUACGAAAGGCGUUGAAGCUCGUUCUUGCGUACAACCUCACCCUGCACGUUACGAUGGUCGAGCAACGCGGGGACGAGCAUCCUAUGGAAGGGUUGAUUGACGACGAAGACUCCAAGUACCACGGGAAGAUCAUCGCUCCUGUGAUGAUCAACUUCCAGAUUAAGUGCGCUUUAGCAGACAUGUGGCGCGAGUUGCAGAAGGAAAUCCUCGAAGAGUUGUCGUCACUUUAUUCAAGUGUUUAUAGUGGCGAUCGACUCAAGAACUGGCCUACUAUCUUCAUGCUUGCCUCGAUUCUGCUCGCCGUCUGGGAAGAGAUGCAAUUCGACUGCCACUACCGUGUCCCUGAUGCGGCUGCUGUCAACAAAUUCUGCAACGAUAUGGAGACAACUCCGGUUGGUGUCAUUGUCGGCCUUUUCCAUGCCAUCUCGCAAAAGCUGCCUGCUUUCACCGAGUGGGAAACUAGACGACACGGCCAAUUACUCAACAACAAUGUCGCUGUCUGUGAGGCGAUGACCGAAAUGAGGGAACAUGUUACAAAGCAUGAAACCUACCUUCGGAAGCGCCCCGAGGCCAAGUUCGACCGCAAUGACUUUGAUUGCUUGUCCAACAAGUUCCUCUCCAAACUAGUCAUUCGUGCCAACUAG